GGACCGACGGGCGUUACAGCUGCUUUGGAGCUGGGAGCGACCGGGCAGCCCUCGCUCCUCUUCCCCGGGAUCGGCAUGUCGGCGACCGGGAAGGGCAGGCAGCCGCUGCCCGCGGCGCAUGGUGACAAGAAGGCAAGUGAAGCUUCUUCCAAGGCCGGAGAGAAAAAACCAGAAGUUGAAGAGGAGUCUCCUUCUGCGGAUGCAUCAAAACCAAAAAUUAUGAAGCCAUCUGAAACUAGGUCUGCACUGACAACCAAAGCAGGAUCUAAAAAAACCACCCAGUCAGACAAGCCAAGAGACUCUCAAAAUAAACAGCUGUCUGAAGAGAAGCAAAAGGACCCCAGUGAUGGAAAAAUCCAAACCCCAUCUACUGUGGUAACAGCUUCUAAACCUAAUAACACAGGAAAAGUAACUACAACUCAGGCUGACCAGCCUCCACCAGCAAGCUCCAAAGAGACAGCAAAGCAAAAGUCCGAGGACAUGCCCACAGUGUCUGGUGCAGCUGCUAGAGCAGGCGCAGCUGGUGCAAGUGUGGUUGCUGCUGCUGACAAAUCAAAUACUGAGCCUGGUAUGGAUGAGUCAGCACUUGAUAGCCUAAUAGAUACCCUUGGUGGACCUGAGGAAGAUGUGCCUACUACUCCUGUUUACACUGGCCCGGAAAUUAAGGAAGAUAUAUAUUCAAGAUACUUGGAAGAAAUGGGCAAACGGGAGGGUAGUCUCCCUCCAGAGUAUGUGAAACUGUUGAAGAGCAAAGGAUAUGGCAAAGAUGUAGUCCCACCGAAAGCAAAUGAGCAAGAUGAAAAGCCAAUGACAGAUGAUGAGCUUGCAGAGGCCCUGUCAUCUGACUUCACCUGCAGUGCUGCUUCUGCUCAGGAGAAGACAAGUCUAACGGAGAAACCAAAUAAAGAAGGAGAAAUUGUGCAAGCACAAGCAGCAAGUUCAGUUAAGACCUCAGUUCCUCCUAAGGACAAGAAAACAAAAUCAAAAGAGGAAAUUAAAGAUGAUGCAAUGGAUGCUCUUCUUGAUACACUUGGAGGACCUGAAUCUGAACCUGAAGAAGAUCCUGUCCCUGUUGUAGAGGUGUCAGAGGCAAAAGCCAAAGAGAAAAAGGAACAAAAGGCUGGAGAACGUGAUGAUACAAUACCUCCAGAGUACAGGUUAACGCCAGAGUUGGAUAAAGAUGGAAAGCCAAUAUUGCCGAAGCCUGAAGAAAAACCAAAGCCUUUGAGUGAAUCUGAUCUCAUUGAUGAAUUUUCAAAGGACUUUGCCUGCCCUUCACAGCCUGCAAUACAACCCAAAGCACCAAAGCCCUGCAACAUAUCCAAAAAGCUGUCAGGUUCUGUGUCUGCAAAAGCCACUGAGGAUAAAGUGGUCCCUUGUGCCACAGCUUGCACUGUGCAGUCUGCAGCUCCUGUGCCUUCAGUUGGUCCUGUGUCAGAUGAUGCACUUGAAGCCUUGUCCAGUAGCUUAGGAAAGAAGGAGCCUGAUCCAGAUGAGAAAAAGCCUGCUGUGGACAAAGUUAAGGAGAAAACCAAAAAGGAACAACACAAAAAACUAGGUGAAGAAGAAGAAACAAUUCCUCCAGACUACAGAUUAACAGAAGCUAAAGAUAAAGAUGGAAAACCACUCCUACCAAAACCAGAAGAGAAGUCACAGUGUAUGAGUGAAAAUGAUCUUUUAGAGGGUUUGACAGAAGGUUUUUCCUGUUCUACAUCACCACCUGCACCAUUACCUACAUCAACUGUACCAAAAAAAGCCAAGGAUGGUGCCAAGCCCACGAGUUCCUCGGAUGUCAUCUGUGCUGCUACGGUUUCCUCAGUGCACUCAGCAUCUCCUGCACCUUCUACCUCAGGAGGAAAAGAGAUGGAUGAAGCCUUGGAUCUCCUGUCUGUUUCCCUGGGACAGAGAGAACCUGACCCUGAUGAGAACAAACCAGUUGUGGAUAAAGUGAUGGAAAAGGCUAAAUCUGAACAGAGAGACAAGCUUGGAGAGAGAGAUGAAACAAUCCCACCUGACUCCCGAAAACUUCUGGAGUCAAGUGAGCAGAGUAAACCGGCAAAGCCAACAGCAAAGGAUGAUGUGAAACACAAAGGAAAGAAGAAACCUACAGCUGACAGUGCAGCUAUUGAUGCCUUAUCAGGUGACUUUGAUACUUGUACAAAGGCUCCUGCUACACCGCAGCACUCAAAGUGUAGGGCAAAAGUGGAAAAGAAGCUACAACCACUAAACCAACCUCAAAGGAUAAAGGAAAGCCCAGAGACCCUAAAACGGCAAAGGGACAGUCCUCCAGCAGCAAAUCUGAGAAGCAGAAAACAAGCUAAACAUUAACCUUACCAGGAUCCUGCUCUGUCGUGUAAAAUGUCGUCUUUAUGUUGGUGGAUGAUUAUUCUUGAAGAACAAAAGCUGAUGCCAAAAGCACAUAGUUAUUCUGGGUGGUUUUUGUAUAGUAACACUUGCUGGACUUUUUCUCAUCUUUUCUUUUUUCCCAUUAGUAGACUCAGGUGGUUUGUUUCUUUCCCCCAGCAAUUCAGUUUAUUCAGAUUUAUAGAGUCUGACAUUUUUGUAAUUUCCUUCAGCAUUCAGAGGGAGAAAAAGCUUUCUAUUUGCAGGAAAUAUAUUGCAAAUAUAUUCCAAUGAAGAGCUAUGCCAAAGAA